UCCUCGCUACUGAUUUCAAGACUCAAAAUCACAAUCUGCAUUCAUCAUCCCUCAAAUCAAUUGCAUUAAAUUCCCCUCACUAAUUACUCUCUUCUUCCUCUGAACUGAAAUCUCUUCUCAUUAUUACUCCUGAACUUGCCUCAUUCGCAGUCAACCCAAUGAAUUCACAAAUCCUGAUGAUAUUCCCACUUACCAACCCUUCUCACUAUAAAUUUCAACUCACACUGUUCUUCAAAUCCAAUCGAAUCUUCAUCCUUUCCAAAUGGCCAAGCCCAACCCUCGCAAGAAACCUUGCCCCGAUGGCCUUCUCCUCCUCGGCGCAACGCUCUUCGUUCUCCUUCUCCUCUGGACUCUGUGUUCCACCAGAUUCCACCUGACGCUAUUCUUCCACUCUUACUUCUCUGGCCGGAUCAACAAAACCAGCUCAGACGGAUUGCCCGGACCGCCCGACAGAACCUUCUACGACGAUCCGGAACUGAGUUACUCCAUCGAGAAACCGAUGAAGAAUUGGGACGAGAAGCGAAGGAAGUGGCUACAACUCCAUCCAUCCCUCGCCGCCGGGGUACAGGAUCGGAUUCUCCUCGUGACCGGAUCACAGCCGUCGCCGUGCAAGAAUCGCAUCGGCGACCAUUUGCUGUUGCGAGCCUUCAAGAACAAAGUGGACUACUGCCGAAUCCACGGCCACGACAUCUUGUACAGCAACGCGCAUCUCCACCCCAAAAUGGACUCGUAUUGGGCCAAGCUCCCAAUAAUCCGGGCCUCCAUGGUGGCCCACCCAGAGAUCGAAUGGGUCUGGUGGGUCGACGCCGACGCAAUAUUCACAGACAUGGAGUUCAAGCUUCCCAUGGAGAAAUACAAGAACCACAACCUCGUGGUCCACGGGUGGCCCAACAUGGUAUACGGAGACAAAGAGAACAAGAGCUGGACGGGCCUAAACGCCGGGUCACUCUUGAUCCGGAACUGCCAAUGGUCCAUGGAUAUGAUAAACGAAUGGGCCAAGAUGGGCCCAAUAAGUGAGAACUACGAGAACUGGGGGAAGAUAUUGAAAUCAACGUUCAUGGACAAGCCAUUUCCAUUACCAGAUGACCAGUCGUCGCUGAUUUAUAAGCUGUUUACAGAGAAAGAGAGAUGGGGAGAGAAGACAUAUCUGGAAUGGGAAUAUGAACUGGAAGCGUAUUGGGUGGGAGUGGUGGAGGGUUAUGAGGAAGUGAGGGAAGAGUACAAGGAGAUGGAAGAAGAAGAGGGGGGGUUGAGGAGGAGACACGCGGAGAAGGAGAGCGCGUGGUACGGAGGGAAAAGGGAAGAGUAUAUGAGAAGGAAGGGAGUGAGGAAGAAGAGGGCGUUUGUGACGCACUUCACGGGUUGCCAGCCGUGUAAUGGAGAACACAAUCCCAGUUAUGAUGGGGAGAAAUGCUGGAAGGAGAUGGAGAGAGCUUUGAACUUUGGGGAUAAUCAGGUGAUUCGCAAUUAUGGUUUCAUUCAUAGAGAUCUUCAUAGCUCAGCCGUGUCCCUCCUCCCUUAUGAUUAUCCCUGGUUUGACUUGUAUUGA